ACGUACAUCAACUUCCGCCCACGACGUCAUCACUAUCAGACAACAUGGCGGCGCCGCGUAUGCGGACCGUGGGAUAUAUUUUCGGAAAAUGUGCGACUUGCAGCUCGAGUUUAAACAAUGUGUCGUCGCUGUUAAGCCGACAGGUGCUGAGCCGGAAGAUCUGCGUGAGCUCUUCCCUGCAGAGGAAGAACCUGGCGGCUGCGGGGCCGGAGAAGUUCACCGUGGAAUUCAUCCAGAAGCAGGUGGAGGAGUUUAACAUCGGGAAACGCCACCUGGCUAACAUGAUGGGAGAAGAUCCCGAGAACUUCACCCAGGAGGACGUAGAUAGGAGCAUCGCGUACCUCUUCCCCUCCGGCCUGUUUGAGAAGCGAGCCCGGCCCCUCAUGAAGCAUCCAGAGGAGAUAUUUCCUCAGCAGAGAGCCGUCCAAUGGGGUGCCGACCGGCGGCCGUUCCACUUCCUGUUCUACACCGGCAAACAGUCGUACUUCUCGCUGAUGCAUGAACUCUACGGAAAGACCCAGAAGAUCGAGAAGUACCAAGACCGCCUGAGAGCCAAGGGGCUCUUCUCCAAGGACACCAAGCCCAUCUCCCUGGGAACGAGUAGGUGGCUGUCCAAGGAGGAGCUGGAGGCGCUGCUGGUGGAGACCAUCUCCACCCACGACUACGAUCGCUUCAUCCAGCUGAUGGAGCGCUUGCUGUCCAUGCCCUGCUGCGCCACGGAGGAGGACUUUGUCCAGCGUUACCGCCGGCAACUGGAGUCCCUCUCCAAGAGGCAGGCGGUGCCGACAGUGGAGCGAGACGAAAGGGGCGUGGCCUACAGCCCCGAAGCCGUUAGAUGAAGGACGUCGCCCUCCUCGUUGGUCUUCAGAGAUUGGGGCGCGGGACGCAUUUCCUUCAACGGCAGGGACUACCUGCAUUAUUUCCCCGUCCGACAAGACAGAGAGCAGCUGAUGUUCCCGCUGCAGUUCAUGGGCGUGCUGGGGCGCUUCGACCUGGAGUGCACGGUGAGCGGCGGCGGGCGAUCCAGCCAGGCGGGGGCGCUGCGGCUCGCCGUGUCCCGCGCGCUGCUCGGCUUCCUGUCCGAGGGGGACGGGGAGACCAUGAGACAAGCUGGUCUGCUGACCCCCGACCCCAGAGUGAGGGAGAGGAAGAAGCCGGGGCAGGAGGGGGCCCGGAGGAAAUUCACCUGGAAGAAACGCUGAGGAGGAGAAACCACCUCCACGGAACUGUUAAUGUGAAACAUACAGACUCUUGGUGUUAAUGUUUCCUCAGCUAAAGCGAUCCGUUUCCCAGAAGCCGUCACCUUGGUUUUUUUAAGCUCGUGGAAGAAGGAGAACUUGAUCAAUAUGCUGACUGAGCGAGCUGCAGAGAGCCCUCCGGCCACCAGGUGGAAGUGUGCGUCAAGGCACAAGAUAAAUAUGUUCAUCAAGAUAUUAAAGAACCUUUUAUGUGUAUCCAUUUAUUUAAGCAUGGUCUCUUGGUUGUAGUCUCUUAUUUUCUCUGCUUGUGUUUGUCAUGUAUAAUCAUUUUAUGUUCAUCUUACACAUGUGGCAAAAUG